GCGGCACGGCGGGGUGAAGAGUCCGUGCAGCUCCAUCCCCUGGCUAGUCCUCCCGUCCCGGCCCCUGAGGAGGGAGCGGAGCCGCUCUCGGUUCCAGCGCCGCCAGCAACCCGCCAUGUCCGGCCAAAGCCUCACCGACCGCAUCACGGCGGCGCAGCACAGCGUGACCGGCUCGGCGGUCUCGAAGACCGUCUGCAAGGCCACGACCCACGAGGUCAUGGGGCCCAAGAAGAAGCACCUGGACUAUUUAAUCCAGUGCACAAAUGAGAUGAAUGUGAACAUCCCACAACUGGCAGACAGUUUGUUUGAAAGAACUACCAACAGCAGCUGGGUAGUGGUCUUCAAAUCUCUCAUCACAACCCAUCAUCUAAUGGUGUAUGGAAAUGAGCGUUUUAUCCAGUAUCUGGCGUCCAGAAACACGUUGUUUAAUUUGAGCAAUUUCCUAGACAAAAGUGGAUUGCAAGGUUAUGACAUGUCAACGUUUAUCAGACGGUAUAGUAGAUAUCUGAAUGAAAAGGCAGUUUCCUAUAGACAAGUGGCUUUUGACUUCACAAAAGUAAAAAGAGGGGCUGAUGGAGUGAUGAGAACAAUGAGCACAGAAAAACUCCUAAAAACUGUACCAAUUAUACAAAAUCAAAUGGAUGCACUUCUUGACUUCAAUGUCAAUAGCAAUGAACUUACAAAUGGUGUAAUUAAUGCUGCCUUCAUGCUCCUCUUCAAAGAUGCCAUUAGACUGUUUGCGGCAUAUAACGAAGGGAUUAUUAACCUCUUGGAAAAAUACUUUGAUAUGAAAAAGAACCAGUGCAAAGAAGGCCUUGAUAUAUAUAAGAAGUUCCUCACUAGAAUGACACGGAUCUCAGAGUUCCUUAAAGUUGCAGAGCAAGUUGGAAUUGACAGAGGAGACAUACCAGAUCUCUCCCAGGCACCGAGUAGCCUUCUUGAUGCUUUGGAACAACAUUUAGCUUCUCUAGAAGGGAAGAAAAUCAAAGAUUCCACAGCUGCAAGCAGGGCUACCACCCUUUCCAAUGCAGUCUCUUCCCUUGCAAGCACUGGCCUGUCCCUCACAAAAGUUGAUGAAAGGGAAAAACAAGCCGCGUUAGAGGAAGAACAGGCUCGCUUAAAAGCUUUAAAGGAGCAACGUCUAAAAGAACUUGCAAAGAAACCUCAUACCUCUUUAACAACUGCAGCUUCUCCUGUGUCAACUGCAGCAGGAAGCAUAAUGACUACACCAGCCAUUGAUAUUUUUUCUACCCCUAGCUCUUCAAACAGCACUUCAAAGCUGCCAAAUGAUCUGCUUGAUUUGCAGCCAACAUUUCAUCCGUCUGUCCAUCCUAUAUCUGCUGCUCCACAAGUAGGAAGUACCUGGGGAGUGUUCCAGAAUACUUCUGAUAUAGGGUUCACUCCAUCUCCUGUUGCUCAACCACAGCCAUCAGCUGGCCUUAAUGUUGACUUUGAGUCUGUGUUUGGAAACAAAUCUUCUAAUGUUGUCCUAGAUUCUGGUGGCUUUGAUGAACUAGGUGGUCUCCUAAAACCAACAGUGGCCUCUCAAAACCAGAGUCUUCCAGUUGCCAAAGUACCACCUAACAAAUUAGUGUCAGAUGAUCUGGAUUCAUCUUUAGCCAAUCUUGUAGGCAAUUUGGGCAUUGGAAAUGGAACUACUAAAAAUGAUGUGAACUGGACUCAGCCAGGUGAAAAGAAACUAACAGGUGGUUCCAACUGGCAACCCAAGAUUGCACCUACAACUGCGUGGAAUGCUCCGACAUUGAAUGGCAUGCAUUUUCCACAAUACGCACCACCUGUAAUGGCAUAUCCCGCCACAACGCCAACGGGAAUGAUGGGCUAUGGGAUGCCAUCACAGAUGGGAGGCAUACCAGUAAUGACACAGCCAACUUUAAUAUACAGUCAGCCAGUCAUGAGACCACCAAACCCUUUUGGCCCUGUACCGGGAGCACAGAUUCAGUUUAUGUAACUGUGUUAGAUGGAAGAGAAAGGAACGUUUCCAAAAAGAUGUGCUCACCAGUAAACCCCCACUUCCAGGAGAAAACGAACUUCAGUCUCCAACUCUCCUCUUCCAUUAAAUGAUGCAGUGAAAUGAUGAAGACCAAUGAAGGAACCUGGGACAACUCCAUAAGAGAACAUCCAUAUACAACACAAAGCCAAGAAUUGCCAUGAAUUAAGACUAAGAUCUAUUUUUUUGUCCUGGUGACUAACACGUCAAUACUUUCAGCUUCUAAUAAUAUCCGUAACCGGUAACAUACAAAGAGAAGCUUUUAUUCUGGAAAUUGAGAUUGGUGUUUGGAAAUGCUGUCUGGAGCGGAGAUGUGUCCUUUACCAGAACUCGAAACGAGACUUUGGGCAGGGGAGGGUCAAUCCUAACUCUUAAUUCUGCAGUUACCUUUUCUUCAGUCCUCACAAAUGUAGGCACAGCAGUAAUGGAAAUUAACUUUUUUUUAAGAAUUAUAUAUUCAGUUUGCAGUAGACAUUCCUUAUGUAUUAUUGUUUGUAUUUAUUUAUGAUUAUCAAUUUAACAUUAAUAUUGUAUCAAAAAAAACCUCCUUAUGAAAAUGAGUAUGGAUGUAUACAGUAUGUCUGAUUUUUAUCCACAAAGAAUGAAUCUGAUUCAGAAUGCUUUUCAGCUGACAUACAGAGCACUAAAUAUUUUAAAGGUCUGAAUCUAAUGAAUUCUCAGUAUAUAUGGGAAUUAGGGAAGAGCUGUAAAAUGCAUUAAUCCUUAUAGUCAAUUCUGUGCCUAGGAUUUUGCAAGGGAACAGUUAACUGACUAGAAGAAGCACUACAUUUUUAAUUCAGCAUUAGUGCGUUGGGAAGGAACUUUAUUGCUUUGUGCUUGGCAUGUCAUUAUUUUUACAUUUGACAUUAUAAGGCCUUUCCAAAAUGAAUGUGAGGAAUUGCUUUCACUUUAGGACUUUCCUUCUUCUCUGUAAAAAAAACCUGAGGUGGCGUGUGUUGGGGGGAAAGCCUUUUCAUUUGGCUAGUGCCACGUUUAUGAUCUUGUACCUUUUACACGUAAAAAAGGGGAAGUAGCUUCCUUACAUACGUCUGGUGGGUAUUUAGUUAACGAAGAAUUCAAGUAGCACUGUUGAUCGGUGCUUUGUGUAAAUACAUCAUAACUUUUGGGUGGAGUGGGGCCUUCAGAAGGAUAGUCAGUGAUAUGAAAGCAAUUCUGUACAUGAAUUAAGCAUACUUGCUGCAUUGUCUCUGCAGAUUCUAUUUUUGUUUAAAAUAUUAAAAUGUAUGUUAGCAAAAAUGGGUGGAUUUUCAAAUAAAAUGCAGCUUCCACAGAACUUUUGUUACAGUAUGAAAGUCUGAGGUGCUUCUUUUCUUUUUGCUGCUUAAAAUGUGCACUGAUAAUUGCUUUGUUUACUUAAUAAAAUACCAAAUGUAUUUCAUAUGUGCAUAUUGUAUUACAGGAAGUGCAGCCCUGUGAGUCUGUGAAUGACGUGAUGUAUGCAACAUCUUCCUGGCGGUGCUGUAGUAGACGGCCUUAGUUCCACUAUAAUGAGUUGUCUCAUUAAGAGCGGGAUUCCUUACUUAAUAUGAUAUUUCACGAUCUUCUAGUUUUUCAAAAUAUUCAUGGCAAUAAACUUGUACUGUUUAUAACUGA